CAGACUCGUCUCAGCGACCGGUGUGGCCGGUUCUAGGUUGUUGUGUCAAGUUCUUCACGCCAGUACCGUAGCUCCAGUCCAGUCUAGUGAGUUUCUGUGACCGUGUGCCCAUGGCCUUUUACUGCUGAUACUCGGGCAUGACGAGUCCAAUGUGCUGAUAAAGUACGCCAGUGUUUGUCAGGAAAAACGAGUCAUUUUGAUCACGCGCGCGCUCUCUCCCUCUCUCUCUCGUACACCAAAUUAAUGAGUUAAUUCGGAUCCAGUAGCAGUCGAUCCGAAUCGUGGUGGACUCGGACGCGGAAGAGGACGAGGACGUUGAGCCGCGCCUCGACGGGAGGGGGGACAGAAAUAGAAAGGCAAAAACUCUUCAUCCACUGAUAAGGCACUUUGAGCGCGGCAGCCUGGAUCGAUGGUGUGCAGCGAGUGGAUCGCAUCAUCAGAUUCUCAGAUCGAAAUGUCCGCCAGCCGAGUCGCCAUUGCGAGCGUGGUCGAUUGUCGUCGUCAGCUGCGGCUUCCACUAGUCCGGUGCCGGUAGUGAAGUGUGCCGGUUCGAGAUUCGAGUGCCUGGACAGGGCACGGGGCCGGUCAGUAGAGUGCUCACCGCUAGCUUGCAUCACCGUUCCGGACCCAGCGUGAAUAUGGCGGAUCCAACGAUACAGACGUUCUGUUGCCACAACCGGAUACGAUCACCACCGGCCAUCAAGCUGAUGGCAGAGUUCGACACCGAUGGGUACAUCGUGGUGUGCCUGGUAUCGUCGGUGUUCGGCAUCGCCGGAGCCAUCUAUCAGAUUUGGAUCCGCCAUGAAGAUGGUCCCUCUCAUCACGCGGUACGCCGAAGACGUGGCGGAGAACUGACACUGUCCAGCCAGAACCUUGGCCGGCAGAUCAUCGUAUGGCUAGCGGUAGCGGAUCUGUGUGCCUCGUUCGGUGUGUUUCUGCGGGCGGCACUCUGGAAGUACAUCAACGAUGUACUACCACCGGAUAGCGAUGUGGACGAUACCACGAACGUCAUUUUCUGUGCCGUCUCGUCCGCCUGGAUACAGUACUUUUACAUGUGCACCUGGCUGUGGACCCUGUGCUACGCCAUCAACGUGCGUCGGCAGCUGAGUGGGGCAAGGUAUGCCCUGCGUACCUACCACUACUACGUGUGGAGCAUAGCGGCCGUACUGACGGGUAUCGGGCUCACCGUACUCUACGUACCGGAUGCAGACUGCCACAAUGUGCACGAUAUGGCUACGGCCUAUAUGCGAAUCCUGCCCAACUACGUGAUGACUUAUGGGCCAAUGAUUGCCGUUAUGAUCGUUAAUCCGGUGCUGUACUGUCAGGCAUCGCGCGAAGUGGACCGCCAGCUGGUGGCACGCUUCAGCCAGAUGUCGAACACGGAGCGUGAUCUGAUGGCCAAGUUUAAGCUCAAGUUCUCGCUCAUCAACCUCGUGUUCUAUGUCUGCUGGUUACCGAAUCUGGUGAACGGAAUCGUUCUGUGGACGAUGUGGUAUAGCUUACCGUACACGAUGGUCAUCACCGUUUGGUACAUCAUGGCCAUCAUGAAUCCACUGCAGGCGUUCCUUAAUACGCUCGUGUACCAGAAGUGGAACUGUCGCUGGAGACUUUGGCGCCACGCGAGUACGGAUACGAGUCGUGAUACGAGGCGUCGGAAUCGUAGCUCGUUGGUAUUCAGCGAGGGUACACCAUUGCUUCAAGCGAAGGCAGGAUCUCCGUUUGCGUCUUCACUCCAGCUACAUCAACCGUCAGUCGACCUGAUACCGACACCGACGCGUAGUAUCAACUCGUGCUCGCUAGUCUGACGUUGGAACUUUUGCAUCCUUCCUUCGCAGCUUCGUCUUUAAUCGGGGAAGCAGGUAGAGCCUCUCUCUUGUCGAAUAGUCGUGGAAUUUGUAUUGAUAAGUAACUCUAUGGCACAGUUUAGCAUGUAAGACGCCUAGAUAGGACAUCUAUCGUGUAUGGAAGCAUUAGGUACGUGGAUGUAGCUUUACUUAAGUACAAGAGAAGCGGCAGCAGAUUAACAGGAGUCAUUCUUCAACUCACUUCCAACCACGCCAACUCGAGAGGGCACCUUUCUCUGUGAGUGAUAUGGAAGACGCGAGUGCUUUACAUUAAGUAACGAGACUUAAUUUUGUAAAUGAUUUUAUUAAAAUAGAAUUAUAAUUCUAUUAUGGUA